AGACCCACCGUGCAGGGUGGCGAUGCGGUGCGGUGACAGAAGCCAAAUCAAAACAUAAGAAAAGUCAAAACAAAAAUCAAUUUUAUGAAAUUUUAAGCAAUUAGUGAACUUAAAUUAUUCUAUUUAUCAUAAGUUUUAGGCCAAAUAAUCCAGUGAAAAAUGUUCCGAAAACUUCCCUUCAAGCUAGUGAACACACUCUCGAAGCGAAGUUUCGUGUCAAUCAAUCAUCCACGGCAGAGCAGCAUAUUUAUUCAGACCAAACCCAACCACCAUUCAUACCGACAUGAAGAGAAUCGAGGAAAUGAAUCCAACGAUGGGAACAACACUCGACGAUAUCCGGUCAAAUUCAUUGCAGCAAGUUCUUUUCUAUCGUGGUUCAGUAAAAAAGAUGACGAAGAUUCCCCGGAAAAUCAACUGAUCACAACAAUUAAAAUGUCCAUUCUAAACAUUCAGCGCGAGGAUUACCGCAAAGCCGAGCAGAUGCUGCACAUUGCUCUGAAAAUGGCCCAGGAUUUGCAAAGCAAGGAUGGUAUCACCUACAUCUACGACAUUAUGGCGAACCUGGCCAUGGAAGUAGGUGAGUUCGCCAAAGCGGAGAAGCUCUUCGUAAAUGUCAUGCAGCGACUUUUCGCCGACGGAUUUGUCGAAGACCACAUAAAGAUGCUGCACAUCAGCUCGAAGAUCGCGCAUAUAGCGCAGCUCCAGGGGCACUUGGAUAAGGCAAUUCAGGGAUUCGAGUGGACAAUAGCCAAACUGGAGGAUAAUCUAAAGAAGGCAGGAGACGAUAAAGAGAUUAUGGAAUUGUGGGGUAUCACCAAAAAUUGGUACGCACAGUUGUUGAUGGAGCUUAAACGAUUUACUGAAGCACGCGACUGUUUCAAACAGGCCUACGAUGCCUAUACGCAAAUUCAUGGAACACUGACGGAGGAAGGAUUGACGAUACUCAAUAACUUGAGUGUGGCUUGUUCGAAUCUCGAAGAUUACGCCUCAGCGGAAAAGUACCUUUUGGAAGCCAUACGCUUGGCCUCCAAAAUACCAGAUCUGUCGGAGGAAGGUGUCUACCGGGCCAACUUGGGACUGCUGUACCUGCAACAGGGCAUGCUAAAUCAAGCGAAGGAACUUUGCGCCUUUGCCUGGAAGUACGGUAAGCAGCACAGUCACGAGGAAACUGUGAUACAGGCCAACUACUGCCUGGAGCAGAUAAAGGCCAUGCAAAAGUAGGAAGUUUAUUUGAAAAAAUGUUUUGAUUAGAUAUAAUUUGUUGAUGACUGAUUAUCAAAGAAUAUGUCAAGUUGUUCCUGAUAUAAAGAAUUUACAAAAUUCAUCGUAUGUAUGUGUGGCACAUACGUAAUAAAUACCUGAAUCA